AUGGCCACGCUCGCAGCCCACGACCAAGAGAACGCAGUGCGCAGCCUGCACGUCGGCCCCGGCGGAAAGCCGCUCGGCGCCAAAACCCCCGCCCAAGUCCCGAAGACGCCGUUCAAGGUCGCCCUCAACGACGAGAACGUCUUCACCCGCGGCGCCAAGGAGGGGAAGGGCCUGGCGCCCACCACCGCGAAGGGCGGCAAGCUGGACGCCAGCGCCUUUGUGACCCCCGCCGGGCCGCGCAGCCGCGCUCCGCUCGGCGCAAAGACGACCAACGCCAAAGCCCGCGCCUUCCAGACCCCCGCGCCGCUGGGGUCGUCCGCCAAAACCCUCAAGCUCAGCCCGCGCCUGCGCCGCCCGAAAGUCAAGGUCCACCAGCCGGAGCCCGAGCCCGAGUCGGAGGAUGACGUACCCGAGAUCGAGCACAUGCCUGCAAGGGAGGUGCCGCUGCCAGACGACAUGGACGACUACCUGCCGCGCGACUGGGACUUCUCCGUGCUCGCGGGUGAGAAUGCCAUGCGCGGCGUGACUGCCGCCUACCACAACCCCGUCGAGGCCGACGGCCGCACCAAGGGCCAGCGCGAGUUCGAGGAGGGCCUGGAGCGCGACCGCAAGAAGCGCGACAACGACUUCGACCGCCUCUUCGCCGCCCAGAUGGCCCGGGACGACGCAGAGUCGAAGCGCUACUUUGGCAUCACAGAGACAACGGACCCCAAGCCCGCCGUCAAGUCCACGUCCACCGUGAGACCCACCACCGGCCUCUCGACCAUGCGCGCCCGCUCCGCCGCGACCGCCCUCGCGCCCUCCCGCGUAACUCAGCGCCUCGGCGCCUCCUCUGCCACAGCCAAAGCCCGCGUCCCCGCCGGUCCCGUGUCUGGCAGAAAGACGCCCAAGCCUGACGCCGCCGCGCCCGCCCGCCUCGCCCGCCACGCCUCGUCCGCCGCCGUCUCCUCCAGGAGCACCAUCGGCUACGCCCAGGGCCGCGCCGUCCGCUCCUCCUCGGCCAUGCGCCCGCCGCUGUCCAACAUCGCCCGCCCCGCCCCGCGCCCCGGCACCACCACGCCCUCGUUCUCCUCACACCACCGCCCCGCCCCCAGCCGCGCUUUCUCGCGCACCGUCUCGUCCGCCUCGGACAGCACUCUGGUCGACCCGUUCGCCGGCUCCGAGACAGCCCUGAGUGUCGAGCGCGAACUCGCGCUGCUCGCGCUGCAGGACGACGAGGGCGACGAGGCGUGGAUGCAGGGGUUUGGGCUGCCGAGUGCGGGGGCGGUCGAGGAUGAGGGUGUGGGAUUCCAGUUCAAGCUGCCCGAGGGCUUUUAA